AUGGGCGGGCCGGGUCCGUGCGUUUUGCGCAAGCACGCGGAGAAUGGCGUGCGGAGCUGGCGCGGCGCCAUUUCUCGGAAGUCGUCUGCAGCACCGGCGCCGCGGUUGAGUUGCUGCUUACGCGAGACGAUUCACAAACCAGGCAGAGUUCGCUAUUUCCGCUCGGCUCCUGCCAUCGCUCGGAAACGCGAGCCGUACCUACCGAAGAUAAUGGGCCGAACCAGAGAAAAUCCAUGUCGAGAAUUUUUCAAGUAUGAAAAGAUUGACAAUAAAAGCACCUGUAAAAUUUGCAACACAGAUAUGGUUGGAGACCAUGCAGCAAACUUAGAGAGACACUUGAAGAGGCAUCAUACAGAUGAGUAUAACGCAGUCCAAAGCAAGAAAACAAAGAAGAUAGAAGAAAGUGUCAGAAGCGUUCCUAAGAAGCAACAAAAACCAUUGGAGGAGUUUGCCAUUCCAGAAAUCUUUAAGGUCCUUCCAGGCAGCUCCAAUAAGAUCUUGCAUACAAGAAUGCCAUCCCCGUUGGGUCCCCUUUACCUGUCUCCCAUGGACCCCGCAGCCACCCUGGAGGAACUCGAAGCUGCACGGCUGAGUUUCCGCAGCUUCCGCUACCAGGAGGCAGCAGGGCCCCUUGAGGCUCUGGUCCGGCUGCGUCACCUCUGUCACCAGUGGCUGCGGCCCGAGGUGCAUUCCAAGGAGCAGAUGCUGGAGCUACUGGUGCUGGAGCAGUUCCUGGGGGCGCUGCCCCCCGAGAUCCAGGCCUGGGUGCGGGAACAGCAACCGAGCAGCCCUGAGGAGGCUGUGGCCCUGGUUGAAGGGCUGCAGAAUGACCCUGGGCGGCUGCUGAGCUGGGUGUCUGCUGGCAGCUCCAAGACGACUUCCCAUGCAAGGAUGCCCUCCCCACUGGACCCCACAGCCACCCUGGAGGAACUCGAAGCUGCACGGCUGAGUUUCCGCAGCUUCCGCUACCAGGAGGCAGCAGGGCCCCUUGAGGCUCUGGUCCGGCUGCGUCACCUCUGUCACCAGUGGCUGCGGCCCGAGGUGCAUUCCAAGGAGCAGAUGUUGGAGCUACUGGUGCUGGAGCAGUUCCUGGGGGCGCUGCCCCCCGAGAUCCAGGCCUGGGUGCGGGAACAGCAACCGGGCAGCCCUGAGGAUGCUGUGGCCCUGGUUGAAGGGCUGCAGAAUGACCCUGGGCGGCUGCUGAGCUGGGAAGAGCCACCGGCCGGAGACUCUGUGAGCGAGCAGGCUGACUCUAUUUCUUGGGAUGGAUCCCCGAGAGAUGAAGUCGCAGAGGGCGUCCAGAUGAAUCAGGAGUCCAAGGAGGGUGUCCUGCACCAGGCCCUGUCAGACCUGAAGAAAGGAAGUGUCUGCCUCCACUCCAGCUCCGGCCUCUGGCGUGAGGUGCUAUUACCUGUCAUAUCCUUGUUACCUCCUGCUCAUGGACGGCUGCCUCAGAUCGCUCAUCACAGCACUUCCGACUACCUCCUCAAGGCCACAAUCCUCAUCCCCUGGCCUAUGCUGGGACCCCUCAGCAACACCAUCUCUGCAAUUGGAAUUGGCCGUGAGCCUGGCCAGAUCCACCCCACAGCCUUGGCCUUUCCCAGACAGCUCCGAUCCCUGCAUGUGUACUGUUGGUCCUGA